AUUGCAUUCGAUAUGGAAUGAGCCUGUCUCCCAGACUUCAGGCAGGUAUCCCGCUCUGUGCGACAGCUCAAAACAAAAGCGAGAACAUAUAUUUUAUGGAAAAAAUAUGUAUAUGUUUCUGAACGCUUGACCAUGUUGCCUGGUUGACAACAUAACCAAGCAGCUCAGAAUGCUAUUCGAUUUGAGUGGCGCUCCUCCCUCACCGACUUCGCCCGGUCACGUGAUGAGCCAGAGGCUGGUUCAGUGCGGGCCAGCUUAAUAGAACGGCCAUAGAUACAGCGAAGCGGAGGAGGAGUCAAAAUAAGAUAAGUCACCUUGCUGAAGACAGUAGCUUACCAACUAAUACAGGAAAACCGUGAAAUUUACGUGUUGGAAGAGGCUGCGAAAUUAUGAAUUCUUCGAAAAGGAGUGAAAGUGACUGGCAAGGCCUGGUGAGCGAGUUCCUGGUGUGUAAGCGUAAACUAGACAGCAAGAAGGAGGCCCUCCUGAUCCUGUCCAAAGAGCUGGACACCUGUCAACAGGAGAGAGACCAGUAUAAGCUGAUGGCCAACCAGCUGCGAGAACACCACCAAGGACUCAAGAAAAAGUACAGGGAGCUCAUUGAUGGAGAUCCUUCUUUACCACCUGAAAAACGCAACCAGGUGAACUUGGCUCAGCUGCUGAGAAACGCAAGGGAGCGAGGGAAACAGCUAGUCGAGGAGGUGAAGGAGCUGAAUCAGAGACUAGCAGAGGCCCAGGGAGAUAACAAGCUGCUGAGGAUGACAAUCACUAGACAGAGGCUGGGGGAUGAGGAGGUGGGGGCACGCCACUUUCCCGCCCAUGAGAGAGAAGACCUGGUCCACCAACUGGAGAAGGCAGGGCUACAGAUGGAGGAGCUGGAGAACAGUGUUAAGGCACUGACUGAUGAGCUGGACGACGUCAAGGCAGAGCGUGGCGUGUUCAGCGAGAAGGCUGAGCGCCUCAACCUGGAGCUCAACCAUAUCCUGGGUGGCCACGAGACCCGGAUCAUCGACGUGGAUGCCCUCUGUAUGGAGAACAGGUAUUUACAUGAGCGGUUCAACCAAGUCCAAGAGGAGGUGAACUUGCUGAAGUCUAACAUCAUGAAAUACAAGACUGCGUUGGAGAGGAGGAAGAGCUUUAAAUUGUCUGGGAAGUCCAACAGCAGUGCUCUAACAGGAGUCCUCUCUGCCAGACAAGUGCAGGAGUUGUUGUCUGAGGAGCAGGGCUGCAGUCUCCCGGCCACGCCCCAGUCCAUCUCUGACCUAAAGUCCCUAGCCACGGCCCUGCUGGAGACCAUCCAUGAGAAGAACCUGGUCAUUCAGCACCAGAGACACACCAACCGGAUUCUGGGGAAUAGAGUUGCUGAGCUGGAGAGGAAGUUGAAGACAUUAGAGGUGUCCGGCUUGUGGAGUCUUCCAGGGGGACGAGACAACAUUAUGCUGAGCGAGAGCCAGCGACCCGAGCUCCUAUCGCCCAGCAUCAUGCCGUGCCCACCUCAGCCCCACACGCACGCAGCAACGCAGCCACCUAAAGACGACAGAAUGGGAGCAUCGUCGUGGGAACGGGCCACAGCUGGCGGUGACUUUGGCGCAGAUGGCGUCGGCGGGGAGGGCGCGCCCGAGCCCAGUGACGGGGCGGAGGCUAACUGCAUCUGCCUGAGUGACAGGCGGGGAGUGGAGAUUGUGACGCUGUCGGAGGAGCAGGCUGCCGCGGAGCUGGAAGAGGGGCAGAGUCCCGUGGAGGAGGAGGGGCAUGAGGUGAAAGUGGACGAGGAGCUGGGCUCCACAGUGGAGGAGGGAGAGGAGGCGGCCCUGGCGCUUGACGCCCCACCCUUAGAGGCGGAGUCAGACUUGGGUAACCUCCCACAGCUGCCUGUAAGGCAAGCUACCAUAGAUGACACCCUUGAGGUGGGUAAUUUGACCUGCCAUGAUCAAGCAGUGGAGCCUACAGGACUCCCUAACACAGAAGAUGCCUCUAAGCCAGCUUCCAUAUUCAAGACUCCAGACUGGGGUGGCACAGAUGGGUGGGACCUGCACUGUCAAUCAGGACAGAGUGACAGUUGCCAUAGCAACAAUCAUUGAAAAGUGAUGUUUGAUGAUGUAGACCAACUACCCCCCCAUUUUGUGCUCCCAGCCAAUCUUUGCGUGAGUCUAUAGAAUGGAUAGAGAGAACACUUUCUCAGCCUCCCAUUGACAGUCAGUGCCUGAAGUGUACUUUGCAUCUAGAUAGUGUUGUUGCUCUGAAAAGAGCAGACAAUCUUGAAAUCAAUCCACUUGCAAGUCUAAUGUCCUACAGGAGUAAUUUAGCAAAGAAAAUAGCAAAGAUGGCAAAGUCCCCCGCAAACUGCCUCCAUGGUAGGAUAAUCCCAGCUGUUUGCUUCCUGUUUAUUCCUAAGGGUUGCUAGUUAAAUGAGAGCUGUUUUAUUUUUUUCUGCUGCCCACAUACAGGAGCCAUUGUGAGUUAGUGUGAUGAAUGUAUUAGAUUUGCAUGGAAAUCUGUGAAGAACAUUGUUCGAGAGUUUAAUGUAUUUGUAUUAUCGUAGCUUUAUGUAUAUAGAUUAUAGUUACAGUCACUAAUCAAUUAUGGAGCCGUUUUCUUAUUCUGUUUCUAAUGGAAAAGUAGAUGUUGGCUUGUGACUGCAUGUGCCUUAUAUACACUGGAAUAUUUCAUUUUACAUUUUCAAAUCCUUUUGAAUGUCAUAUCUUGCAGUGUCACAUGUCUAACUUGUUGCAUAGGAGCACAGACGUAUAAUCAAUAUGGGCCUCACUGCUGCCUGAGGAAUGUCAAUGUCCUUGUUUUCACAACCAACUGAUUGUCAUGGUUGUCUACUCUUAUAAAGCUUUGUUUACCAGCUGCAUAACCACACACAGUCUUACUACACUUUUGUAAAUAAACACAUUGACUAAU